AUGGAAAAUAUCAGAGAGGAAUAUGAUUCUAUUUUACUUGACAUUCUUCAACGCGAACAAAAUAUUCAAGCAUUUUUGGACGUUAUGUUUUCGUUUUUGUAUCGAAGAACAGACUUUUAUCGUCUUAUGUUCGAACCAACACAGAAUUAUGGAUUUCCACCAGGUGCGGCGAAACAGUUGGUUCUGAAAGGGUUCAAGAAAUUCGAAGAAAUGAGCGCAGAUUUUCGUAAACAUAAAGAUGCAAAGUCAAAACAUUCAAUUUCGACAGUCGAAGAUCCAUCUUCGAAAGAAAAAGAAUUGAAUGUGAAAAAUACACUAACUGUCUCAGAAAAAAACAAUGGCGUUCAUUCGCAAUCAGUGACUUCUGUUGCUACGCACGGUAGUGCAAAUGAGAAUGUAACGAUGAAAGAAGCUGAAGAGAAGAAUCAAAGUGAUGAUGAUAAGGAUGAAACAAAGCAAGAACAAAAAGAAUUUCAAGAUCGACCAGAUUGCUACAAUGGUGCCGAUCGUGAUUUAUACACUUGGACACAAACUAUUAAAGAUUUAGAUGUGCGAAUAAAGGUUCCAAAAUCAAUACGUAAAGGCAAGGAGGUAAAAGUGGCUAUUGCAAAACAACAUUUAAAGAUAGAUAUACAAGAAAAUGGCACGUUGAAGACCCUUAUUGAUAGUGAUUUAGCAUGGAAAAUUAAUCCAGAAGAAUCUACAUGGAGUUUAGUGCCUGGUGAUCAUAUACAUGUGUCAUUUGAAAAAGGAAUGGAGCGAUGGUGGGAAAAUUUCUUAGUAGGUGAAAAAAAAAUUAAUUUGAAACAUAUACAACCUGAAAAGCCGAUGGAAGAUUUAAGUUCAGAAGAACAAAUGAAAAUUCAACAAAUGAUGUAUGAUCAGAGGCAAAAAAUGAUGGGUUUACCAACAUCCGAAGAACAAAAAUAUCAGAACAUGUUAAAACAAGCUUGGAAUGCUGAGGGUUCACCGUUUAAAGGACAGCCCUAUGAUCCUUCUGUUGUUUCACAAAUAAAAAUGUCAUCUGAUAAUACCGAACAUCACAAACCAUUUCGAGCAAAGAAAUCAGGAAAAAAGUUCCAGAAAAAAUUGCAAAAAAAUCUUGACAAAAAUGAUGAGAAUCCAACGAAAAAAGACAAAACCGUUCCAGAAACUAUGAAUGUUGCAAAAAGACGAAAUCCAAAAGCAUUUAGUAUUCAGAAUCCUAUCUCUGCUGAACGUCAGUUUAGAAGAUCACAAGAUAUCAGAGAAAAACGAAUACAUGUUCCAGAAGUUGAUCGUAUUCCAUUAGAGCCUCCACCAGUGAUUGUUGCUCUCGUUGGACCAGCAAAAGUCGGAAAAAGUUUAUUGAUGCGCUGUCUGAUUAAAAAUUUUACUCGACAAAAAUUAACCGAUAUAAAAGGUCCUGUGACGGUUGUCUCCGGUAAAAGACGUCGUUUAACAUUUAUCGAAUGUCUAAAUGAUAUAAACUCAAUGAUUGAUGUUGCGAAAGUAGCUGAUUUGGUUUUACUCUUGAUCGAUGCUAAGUUUGGUUUUGAAAUGGAAACAUUUGAAUUUUUAAACGUUUGUCAAGUGUUUGGCUUACCGAGAGUUAUGGGAGUAUUAACGCAUCUUGAUUUAUUUAAAAAAAUGAAUAAACAAUUAAAUAAACGAAAAAAACAAUUGAAACAUCGAUUUUGGACGGAAAUCUAUCAGGGUGCAAAGCUGUUUUCAAUGUCUGGAUUGAAAAAUGGUGAAUAUUUGCAACGAGAUGUACAUAAUUUGGCAAGAUUUAUAUCUGUAAUGAAAUUUAAACUAUCUACGUGGAAGACAACACAUCCGUUUGUUAUCGUUGAUCGUAUGGAGGAUCUAACUGAACCAGAGCAAAUACGGUUGAAUCCACUUUGUAAUCGAACAGUUUGCUUAUAUGGUUAUGUUCGUGGAUGUCCCUUCAAGAGUGGAACACCGAUCCAUAUACCAGGCAAGUACGUACUCUUGGAGUCGGAAGCGGUAAAAUAUCAAGCAUGUUGUAGAGCCAUUGCAAGGAAAGAACGAUCAAUUUUUCUGUGUUUCUCAAUCAAUAUCCGAGUUUCUGAUUCAGAAUUUUGACUUGCGUUCAGACAACAUAUUCAGAAAGAUUCCCAAAUUUUCUUUGAUUAGAGGGUGCUUCCUUCCGGAGUUAUAGCAUUUAUCGUAAAAGCCCUAAAAAUCGCUAAAAGUGCUGUCAAUAGAAUUUGCAUUUUCUAGACAUCAUAUCUCGGUCUAGAAAGUCUAGAAAGAGUUCAUAUUUGCAGCACAAGCAGUCGAAGUAUGAAUCUAUUAUUCUUCAUCGGAAGAUAGCUCAGAGUGCUCUCUACAAAAUAAGAACU